AUGUUGUGGUCAGCGCGUUUUAGCUCCUCAGACCCAACAGUGACAGGACCCGCGCAGAUGAAGUUCUUCACGCCAGCAGAAGUGUCCGCCCACAACACGCGUGACGACCUGUGGGUGUGUGUGCUGGGGCGUGUGCUGGACCUGACUGAGCUGGCCCAGAAGAACAAGGAUGAAGCUCUGCUGCUCCCUCUGCUGGAAAGUGCGGGUAAAGACAUCAGCCACUGGUUUGACCCAGAAACCAAAGAUGUGUGUCUCUUUGUGGAUCAGGUGACGCAGUGUCGGCGGUACUACACCCCCAGAGGGCGCUUUGUGGACGUGCCCCCCCCAGGCCCCCGCUCAGACUGGGCCUGUGAGCACAGCACGCCCUGGUGGAGAGACCAGCGCUACUGCAUUGGCCUGCUAUCCCACAAAACACGGUUUAUACGUGUGGUGAACACUCUGACGGGCCAGGAGCAGAGGCUUGAGGUGUGCAGCGAGGAGACGCUGGCGGCCAUCUUGGAUCGGUACCUGCCGUACAAUAACCAUGCUCACAGCUACACCUGGAGACACGCCGGCUCGGAUCUGGACAUGGGCGCCACGCUGGAGGAGAACGGUAUCCAUGACGACGACCAUCUUCUCCACCAGCUUGGCCUCCACGACGAUGCACUGUGCCCUGCCCUCCUGCUGCACUUCACAGACGACCUAAGUUAA